CGUUGUAAUCUUCAGAGGAGCGGUUACACAGGAGAAAGGUUAUCAUGUGGAAUACGCAGUAACUGAGUGUCCUCCGGAGUUCUAAGACAAUAUGGCGUCCUGGCGAUCGACGUAGUGACAGGCUGUUUGCUCCAUUGUACCGAUGGAAAGGAAAGCUGUUUCUCCUGAUUCUUCGACUCACCUCGCCGAGAAAAAUAAGAAGUCUGCGAAACGAAAACACAAACAUCGUGAAAGGAAGAAAAGCAAGAAGUCAAAAUCUUCCAGUCCAUCCCAGGAUAUCGAGAAUGAUGAUAUCAACACAGGGAGUACUGAAAAUAACAAGGCUAGCGCCAGCAACGAGAGGAUUAAACACCUCACAGAGUUCCUAGAUGACAGAAAGGCACUUCACACUCAGCUGUUUUCCAUCAUUCCCAAGAAGGAAGUCAAGGAAAUGAUGCCGGACAUUUUAAAGAAGCUAAGUUUCAAGGAAGUGAAGAAACUCUGUGCAGAGCAACUUGAGUCAUUGUCAAAGACGCAGCUUAAGAUUAUCGUAACUGGACAAGAAAUGGCAUCUUCUGAGGAUGAAAGCAUGGACAAGGAAGGAGGUGUUGACAAAACACAGCUGAGGAAACAGAACAUGAAUGAGGAGAGUAAAAGAGUGAAGAGAAAAAUAAGUAAAUCAAUUAGAGAGGGAAAAGAGGAAGAAAAGAAGGAGAAAGAUAUGAUCAUUUUUGAAGAAAUGAUCACUAUUCCCAACCAAGAGGAAAUCGAUGAACUAGUGGAAGGAAACAACACUGCUCAGCAGCAAGCUACAGAGGACACAUCUCAUUCAACAGAAGGAACCUUGGAUGAAGAGGCAGAACUGAGGGAACUUGAAUUCCGCGCACGGGCGCUUGAGUCGCUGGUCCGCGCACGUGAACGUCAGAUGAGGACAUAGAGGUGCCAUAUUUGAGGCCAUCACUGAAGCCUAAAACUCAAGUCCUAAAAGAAGGGUAGUAUAACGUAUCUGAGUGAAACUCGUGUGGGCAACAAGAAUUUGUGGUUGGGAUAUGAUCGUCAAGUUACGUUUCCAAUGAAAAACUUCAGAUAAAGAAAUGUCGGAAGAGUUAAAAAAGACUCGAGGCUUUCUAAGAACUUUGUCAGCCAGUUUAAAUCUGGAUAACGAACUUUGCGAGUUGAUGAUGAUGACGACGAUGGAGGUGAUAGAGUGGAAGUAACGAAAAACGACUUUGAAUGUCUUUAAAGGAGAAUCGCUUGUUGACAUUGUUUUCGAAUCAGGCAUACAGUAAUAAUAAGUAAUCAGUAUGAACUCAAGGAACGCCAUUCAACGUCGAAAAGGAAAUAAACGAGAGUGAAAACUGA